GUGUCUUGAUUGUGUUACCUCCCUUUGCAUCGAUGGUGGCAUGCGGUAUCCUGCGCCGGCAGCCCUUGAGUUUAGUAUGCAAGCGCCAAUUAUUGUGCGCAUGUGCCUUUGAAUUGGAUGAAAAUGGGUCAGUAAAAGUCAGAGCAAAGGAUCAACUUCAGUCAUGGACAGAUAAUGCAAGAAUAAUGUGCAUUGGUGGAUACUCACUUCCACAAUGCCACCUAAACGUAAGGCUGCGGCUAAGAAUGGUGGAAAAGCAGCAAAAAAGCGUAAGGCUGAAGAAACAGAGAUUGGCAAGCCAGCCACAACACAGGACAAAAUCAAUGCUCUCAAAGCUGCAGACAAAGCUGUCAGUAGGAAAUACAGGCCUGACUCUUUCAUACCUGAUGCCACUGAUUAUGAGGUGUACCUGGACUAUGAUGCAAUGCUGAAUCAGACCAAUAUUGGCCAAAACAACAAUAAAUUUUAUGUCAUCCAAGUGCUGAAAAAUAAUGCAUCUACAUCUUAUUUUUCGUGGAACCGAUGGGGUCGUGUGGGUGAGCCAGGACAAAAUGCCAUGAAAGGUCCCUUUGCAAGUGCAAAUGAUGCUGUUAAAGACUUUGAGAAGAAGUUCACAGAUAAAACAAAAAACAAGUGGGCUAACAGAGACACAUUUAAGUCCAUACCUGGCAAAUACACUUUGAUUGAAAUGGCUGGAGAGGAUGAUGCUGGAGAAGACACUGUUGAUGCUGGUCUUUCGCUCCAAACUGAUCAGAAGGUUUCCAAGUGCUCACUGGAUCCAGUCACACAGGAGCUUGUGAAACUCAUCUUUGACAAUGACAUGUUCCGAGAGACCAUGCAGCGCUUUGACAUAGAUGUCAAGAAGAUGCCUUUGGGAAAGCUAAGCAAGACACAAAUAGCAAAAGGUUUUGAGAUUCUGGAAAGGUUGGAAGAAGCAGUGAAGAAAAAGAGCACAAAGCCAACACUUGAGAAACUAUCAUCUGAAUUUUUUACUGCCAUUCCACACAACUUCGGUCGCCGGCUGCCACCUGUGAUUGAUAACCAAGAGAUGGUCCAGCAAAAAUAUGAUAUGCUAGGGGUCUUGGGAGAUAUAGAAAUAGCUCAGAGCAUGAAGAAUGAGAAGAAAGAGAACACCAAUGUCAGUAAGACUACAAAUGAAGUGCCUAAUCCGCUGGAUGUGAAUUAUGGAUUACUCAAGUGCACACUGACACUGGUUGAUAAAAAGUCAAAAGAUUACAAGAUCCUUGAAAAAUACUUCAAGGAGACAAAACCCACUAGUUCUUGGCGGAAUCUUGUCCUUCGAGAGAUUUGGCAAGUUGAUCGUGAAGGAGAGGCAGAACAUUUCAAAGCUCAUGAUAACAUUAAGGAGCGUAAGCUUUUGUGGCAUGGUACUAAUGUGGCAGUAGUAGCAGCCAUUUUGAAGACAGGCUUGCGCAUCAUGCCUCACAGUGGAGGUCGAGUGGGCCGGGGGAUUUACUUUGCAUCAGAAAAUGACAAGUCUGCAGGAUAUGUGAGUCCAGCUGGCAAGAAGGGCAUCAUGUUUUUGAAUGAAGUAGCCAUAGGCAAGCAGCACUGUAUUUACAGUGACAACCCCAAUCUUACAACUCCACCCAAAGGGUAUGACAGUGUGCUGGCAUGUGGCACACAGGAACCAGAUUCAGCAUAUGACGUGACAUUAACCCUUGAUGGGAAGCCAGUUGUGGUGCCACAGGCUAAACCCAAGCAAACAGGCAAGAGCAGUAGUUUUUACCAGAGCGAGUACCUUAUCUAUAAAGAGAGUCAAAACCGCAUUAGGUACCUACUGCUCUUAGACUUUUAGUUGUGCCUUUUCAUGCAUUCCAUACACUGCAAUUUACAGAACGCUUUCUCUUAUAUCAUAUCAUUUAUAGAAAGCAUUGGAACAUAUGUUUUCAUGAGACACAUUUUUAAUUUUGGAUUUUUAUGUUUCAAGUAAUUUGCUUACUUCAACAAUGCCUUCCUCAACUUUUACUUCUGCCUUGGCUUUUUGCUCUCUCAUUGAUUUCUGUGUCUGCAUUAUCUAUUUAAAUCUGUGUUUGCAUGCAUUCUUUUAGAUUAUUACAUCAAUAGGAUUUAGUAUCAAUGUUAGCAAAUGUGUGUUUUUUAUUUUGAUGUUUUUUAAGCCUUGGAUUUUAAAAAUAUUUUUCAAUGCAAUUUGUGCCUAAAGAUCAAUGAAGACUGCUAAUUUGAUUCACACUACAGCUGGCAUUGUUGAAUAUAAUUUAACAUAUUUUACAUUGAUAAUACCUAAAAAAAAGAAAAAUUUUCUUGUAGAAAAGCAAUUUACUGAAUUAAUAUUUUUGAAUGCAUAAUUUUAGUUUUAUACUUCUGCAUUAUCAUAAACGAGAAAAAAAGGAGAAGUUAUAUGAAGCAAAAUAAAACGAUGACCUAUUUGCAAGCAUCAUAUCUUGAAUGAAGCUUACUUGAAAACAAGAAAAACAUUACUUAUAUUAUCUAUAAAGAGACAUCUUAGAAACUUUUUCACAAUGGAAUAUAUAAGUACUAUGUAUCGCUUUAGAAUGUAUAAACAUACAAUGAAAUUCACUUUGUGUUUAUUCCUGGAAGGCAUACGCUCAUUAUAUAUUUAAAGACAAAGUGAAAAACAAAUUUUCUUUUGAUGCAAAGGACUAUUUAUAGAGUCUGAGACAUAAUGUUUUAACAUGAAUCAUGUUUGAAUGUAAUUUGCACAUAUAUAGUAUGUAAGAUUAUUACAUAAUAUAUGAGAAUAGUGGAUUUAAUUUUAAUUGCCUUUUUUUAUUCAUGUCAAGAAAGCUUUCUAAAAAAACAGAGUCCUUUUUCUCUCCUUUUUUAUGUAAAUUGUUCUUUCAAUAUACAUUUUUCAAGUUUGAUGGUUGAAGAUCAUUCCAUUGUAAACAUCCAUGACUGAGCAUAUAUUUUAUAAAUGCCACCUUGUGCAAUCAGAGUUUUAAUUGUAUCUUGUAUUCUGCCUUGUAAAAUUAUAAUAAGACAAGUCCACCUUUUCCAGUGCAAAGGAAUUUCUUUACUCUUAGGGCAUAUCUUGGCGCUUUUUAUUCCAAAGAAUAGUUUCUAAUGGAAUCCUUUUUUGCACUGACAGAAAAUGUAAAAAUCACAUUACUAUUUUUAAAUCAUGCAGUGGGAACCUGGACUCUCUUCUUAUUGUCUUUUUGUCUUGUGCUUUUAUUUAAGUUUACCAAUUGUCAGUUUGUUUUCAUUUAAUGUGGGUUUACUGGUAAGUUAUUUAGGCAUUCUGAAUAACAUAUUUGCAACAAUUAUACAUAUUCCCUGUCUUUGCCUGCAUGUGCAUGGAGUAGUGUGCACCUGCUGUGCUUUAUCAUGUGUAGACAAGUGAAGUUCAUAUAAUGGUUUAAGAGCAUUUUUCAUAGAAAAUGUUUUUGACGUGAAUAUAAAAAAUUUACUGAGUAUAUGGAUAUAAUUCCAAAAAUAUUAUAUCCAAUAUAAAGAGCAAAGAAGUGUAUAUCUUCUAAUAUAUCAGGAUGAAUAUAGCUGUUUAUUCAUUUUUACUGCCCCUUAGUACUUACAUAGAUGACUAUGCACAUGAAAUCAUGCAGCACAUUUUGACUUUUUUUAGUCAUUGUAGUAGAGAAGGCUACAAAAUAUGGAAACACAAUGAGUAGUGUUAAUGUUUAUUUAAAAGCAUCCUUCUCAAUUGCAGCAGAUAGCAGGAGUGAACAAGUUUUUUUUUUUCAUUAGAUUUUAUAUGCGUGAGCAAACAUAGUGAAGAUUAGUAUCAAAACUAUCGGUAUAUUAGUAUAACACAGCAUGCAAGUUUCAGAGAAAUUAAAACUUUUUAGUAAGGGGGAGAUAUAUACUUCUUUGUACUUGGGUUGAUGCUAUUGCUUUUAAUUCUGUUUUGUUAACAGUACUUUGUCAUUACUUGUAUUGUGUCACUGUUGCAAAGCUUUUAUAGCACUGUUUGCAUAGGUAGCAGAUUCUUUGUGCUCUAUGGGGUCCUGUAGAUUGUGUUGAAAUCAAUAGCAGAACUGUGAUAUGAAUGCAUAGGCUGGAGUUUUACUUGGCCUUUGGAUCUUCAGUCGCACUUCCCUGAAACAAGGAAGGCAACUGGCUCAUCGGAGGAUCUGUGAUCAGGAGUUUUUUUGGUAGUUACCCCCCUUGUGCAUUUUUAAAAAAUACUACACUAGUGUAACAUGUCCUCUUUCUUGUGCCAUUACUCUCUCUUUCACUUCCCACCCCCUACAAAGUCCAGUGUUCUCUGACUUCGUAACCGUAUUCAGCUUUAUUCUUACAUGAUAUAAUGGAAGAAAAUGUGACUCGGUUGCUUUCAAGAUUCUGUGAACAAAGUGUAGAACUGGAUAGUUAAAACAGUGGCUUUUUUUAAAAAAUUGUGUUGAACAAGCAAAAUGAUGAAAAUAUAUGGGAGCCUUAGUCUACCCUCCGAAAUAGAAAAAUGAUUGUCGAGUUUUUAAACUGAGACAAUUGCUGAAAGGUGAGUUCUUACUGAAUUUUCUUCAAAACUUGCUAAUUGAAAAUAUAAUUUUUGUUAUGUUUUUUUUUUCCUUUUUAAAAAUUUCAUGUCGGAGUAAAGCUGAUGAUUGGUUUUAUCUUUGGUCUUGUCUUUUCUUGAACAUUACCAAUUCCAUCUUCACCUGUACACAUACAUUUUUGUCAGUAUCCUCCAUUAAUCCCUCUUCUGCUAACAUAUUUCUUGUUUUGUAUCAUAUGGUUUAUCAUUCUCAGUAGACAGAUCAGUGUACCAUUACACGGAGACCGCGUUCAUCUUUUCUCUACAAAGGCAGUUGACAGCGAAUAUAAGUACCUUUUUCCUGUUAGAGGGGUUGUCUGUGGUUAUCGAUUAUUUUAAGUAUAAAAUUCGUUGUCUUUCAGUUUCAUUAAAUUGUAGACUAUAAUAGUUUCGCAUCAUAAAACUACAGCAAACAAUUUGAAAUUAGAAAAACAUACAAAAAUUCGAUCGGAAGUCGAUCCCAGAAACGAUAUUACCUGUUACCUUGAUAUAAACAAGGGGGGGAAGAACUUGGUCAUCAUCAUGGUCCCCGUAUCCAUCUGCUUUCACGUCAUAAAAACCCCAUUCGAUGCGCUUGGUAAUCUUAUGUCAUCGAGCUUGCAGCUCACGCUUACAUCAUCUUCCUUUAAAUUGAUCUGCCUGUCGUCUGCUCAGAAAGAUAAGUUUCUCGGUUAGCCCAAUCGCUACGCAUUGGUUUGUGAGUAACAUUGUCUUGGUUAGCCCUAGCGCUAACGAUAUUGUUUGGGCCACCGACAUCAAUGUCCGUGGAUUUGGUUAGACUUUGGCGCUGCGUACAUUGUUUCAUGGUACUUUUGGUCGUGGCGUCUGAGCAUUUUAUAGACGCGAUGAUCGUCAGUGACUCGUUGUAAUGACGUUAGACUUCAUGCAGUCGGAUGCAAAGUCUGUGACGCCUCUACUGAAAAGCUACAUCUUGAUGGACGUGUCUGACAUGCAUAUUAGAUCGCGGUGUCCACGGCAAUGAAGACCAAUUACUUACUCAUGGGUCCUGGAUGUUGCAUGCAGCUUCGUUAUUGUGGGCGCUGGACAGCAGUAGCAUCCUAACUAUGAGCUCGCGGAUAAAUUGUGAGAAACUGCAAAAUUAAUAUUCUCUUUGUUAGCUUUCAAGAGACAGUUUUUAUGUGACUUUUCUGUUUUGUUUUGCAGUCAGUCCAAUUUUUGAUGUAGUGCUGGGCACCACACCCGCAACCGUGAAAUACUUUCUUAAACUUUGUUUUUUAAAGAUGCAUCUGAGCAGAGAAGAAAUGUUUUAAUGUGGUGACAAAAGAUUGUUUAUGAGAAUUGGUAUGAAAAGGAUACUGUAGUGUAUUUAAAAUAAAAAUGAAACUUGUCACGUUUGUGGUCUUUAUCAAAAUAUUUUAAACGGACGGUCUCCGUCAUUACACAUUGUCGUCUUUCCGCUUGAUCGGUGAGUUCUGUUUACAAGUAUAAUUUCUGGUAGUAGGGCUCUGUUCUAGCCAGAAACACACUAACAGCUUUGUGCUGUACUGAUGGCGACCUGCACACGACUUAAGAAAGUAGACGGCGAAGGUUUGCUUUGGCCUUUUCGGCCUACCGUGUGUGGUGUGUGUGUGAGCGAGAGAGGAUGUCAGUUUUUUUGGUCUCUAUUCCGUAUCCGUAAUAAUGUAUCUAUUUAGUGUUCCUGAGUAUGUAUAACCGUAACAUUUUGUACUGUGUAUUCGGAGCGUAUUAGGACUGAUUAAUCUAUGUUCUGUAUUCAUGAAUCAGUGAACUGUACUCGUAAGCAAUCUGUCUUCACCAUUGUUCAGGAGACUACUCAUUCAUUCAUUGACCAUUGCCAUCGGGGGAGGGGGUGACGUAGUAGUCACGUAGCUUAUUUAUUGGUGUAACGGUGCGUGAUAAUUAGUCUAGACUCUGUAUGCUCGUUGUCUUGUCUGCUUUCACGUUUUGUGUAUUGUCUUUUGUGUUGUGCUCUAAAUGCGUCUCUCAAGAGUUUAACCUCUAAUAGUGUACACGCCGUAUCUUCACAAAUACACAUCUAUAUAUAUAUAUCUUGUUGCUCUGCAUCUUUAAGUUACAAGUAAUGUUUCGUUUUCGGUUCGGAGUAUGGUUCCCACUGGGUGAUUUUUGUGAAUGAUAAAUUUGAUCCUACACAUUUGUUAACUUUUAAAAAAAUAUAAAUAGUGGAAGUAGAGAAUUUUGAGAAUUACGCUUGAUUCUUUCAAAUAAAAAUAGAUAUCAACCCUUCCUCUACACUUUCUUUGAAACAGUAAAACAUCGACUUGGUUUCGAGUUGCUAAUUUAUUGUAACUACGUUGUUAUUUAUAUUUUUCUUAAUUUUAUUGUCUUUUUUGUCUCUUAUCACACGAAAUCUUUUUAAGUAUUCUUCAGCUUUUGGUUUUCAAGGUGCUUUCACCCUCGAAUUAUCCGUAUCUUUCUGGCUAUUUGAACUCGUCAUGAACAUCAAAUGGUCAAGCAUAAUGCUGGGAUGACCAAUCUAAGCACAGAUAGGAUUUCUGACAGAAUGAUGUGCAUUUUUGGCAAUAAAUGAAUGCGUGAAGUUUUGUGGGUAUUUAUCUGCUAUGGUAUUGAUGUGUUAAUCUAUUUGUCUAUUAACAUAACUAAGUACGCGCAGCUCUUAUUCUUCUGUCGUUUUUUUGGAUAUUCUUACUCUACACAGUUAUGUGUUAGACACGGUUAAUAAUAAUAGAAAACACUUGGCUUUGUAAAGAUGAGUUUUUAAUGUCAGAUUUAACACGUAAAUUUUAUCAGUCUGUCUUCUGUCUGUCUGACCGUCCUUUAAAAAAAAUGUAUUUGACUCUUUAGCAGUCUAGUUAAGCAUAAGCAUCGGUGUGUGACAGUUUACAGAGAUUUGAUGUCCAUUUUUUUAAUACUGUUUUUUGACAUUGUCCUUGAAAUCGUCCUUUUACAAAUAAAAUCCCUUUUAAAUAUUUAGACAAGAUUAAUUGUUAAUACCUUGUUGUGUAGAAUAAGUAGAAGGAUCCCUCCAUCUUUCCAUAUUUUUACGUGUAUUUGCAUGUACAAGUGUGGAUGCAUACGAGUGGUUGAUUCUGUUCUUGUUCGGAACGAUAAUUCUGAGGUGAUGGAAUUAGAUGAUUUUUUGAGUAAAUAUUACAGGUCUUCUUACUAUAAAUAUUAUAGAGCUUUGUGUCUUAAUGUUAAUGAACUUUUAUUGUUCACUCUUAACUUCAUAAUGUAACUGCAGGCUUGUUAGGAUAAUCUGUGUCAAAUUGCAAGAGCUGUUUAAUGUGCCAAAUUUUCACUCGGCUGCUAAUCCAAAACUUGAAAUUCAGAAACUGAAAACAGAACCAAAUGUGACAAAACACCCGUCAGUACAAUACUUUCACGCCCACAGGCUAACACAGGCCGAUUAAAACAAAAGGACUAAAAUUACAGACGUGAAUCUGCUGCCGCAACAACAACCUUUGACAAAAGAUACCGAGCGAAGUUUGAUUUUUCCCCUCGCUUAGUAGCAAGUGCUUUAAUACUAGACGAGUUCACCUGCACUAAACGUUUCGCCUCGUCACUGAAAUGCUUUGUCUGAAGGAUAAGGACGAAUACUACGAAGAAAUAAAAAACAACUAAAGCGAAAGAUUUCCACGAAGAUGUAACAACUCUUAUACAAAAACGACCUUAUGCAGCAAUAAUGGGAAAUAACAUCGAGCCAUAAAAUCAAGCAGUCGCUUGCUUCGUCAGUUCGCCGGGCGGCAGAUAUACCUGAGGUCCUGAGUGGUUCGAGACAAAUGGCAGCUUCAAGGUUGUGACUAUAAUAACCAUGAAGUGCAAUUGUUUGUAAUAUCUAUGUUGAAGACUGAUCUCACUUGUGACAAAAUCGAGAAUGCAGCAGUCCAGCUGAAAUGACUGAUGAUCUCCUAAAGUGCUGUUGUUUUUUUUUCCUCUCGUGAAAAUGCUAACCGCGUGAGCCUAUAGUGAAAUAGUUCUGUGUGCCACAAGUAUUAUAAUUAUUAUUAUGAUUAAACAUAAAUUUUCUGUA